CGUAAUACUCGCUGCUGUUUAUUUUUAUUUUUCAAGUAGCUUUAAGUUCCGAACAAUGAAGUUAAAGCGGCAGUAAUGGUCUCAAGGCUUUCCACUCCAUCGGAGACACCAAAGCGGGGGGGCACCAGCACUGGUAGUGGUACUCUUAUUAGCUUUGAAUUAACUCUUUGGCCUUUAGAUUUUAGGUUUGCUGUGUCUGAAAGUCUCGAGCGAUCAAUUGCUGGAAAGAACUCUUUUAUCCAUGUUGAAAGCAGGAGUAGAUUUUAUAAAUUUGUUCAGUUAAAAAUGCCUUAUAAUAAUUGACGAUGACUGGCUGUUAAGGGCACUAGACGACAGGUUGGACUGGAGCGAUGUGGCAGUGCUACGUACUAUAGAUAGAGUUGGGUGGUACUUCAGUUAUUUGUGGUAAAUAGGGGGUGUAUUCUUGUUCAUUGACAUUCUCAGAUAACUGGAACCGGUGGGAGAAAAUAGCAGUUUAAGAUUGUAAAAAUGGCAAUGUUUAUGGUAGUAAGUUUGCCCAAGCUUAAUUACUUGACGAUGAUGUUACCAUCAUUGCCAUGGAGGAGCAGGACGAACACCAACUCCACCUCCCUCAGGCAUUUCUUGAAGCCUUCGCGCUGUGCUCCUCUGCAGCAGCAACUCCAAGAAGAGCAGUUGUUUUGAAGGUUGACUCAGGGAUCAUGUGUGAACCAUGCAAUGGAAAAGGAUGGUUACUUUGUGAUUUCUGCAAAGGACAGAAAACCAAUGUGAAAGCUGAAAAUAAGCGAAUCUACCGGCGAUGUCCAUCUUGCAGAGCUAUUGGAUAUAUUUUGUGCCCAAAGUGCAGAGUCUUCAAAUGUGUUACCUUCCCAAAUUAUAGUGAUGGCGAAGAUCCAUCUUUAUGAACCUGAUGACCUCGGUAUCAUUCAACUGCUCUACUCAGAGUUCACUUGAUUGUUCUAAGGAGCUUGUCUAAGGUUCCUGUCUUUUUCAUUUAUUCUCCCUCAGUAAUAUUCUUUGAGAAGCCUCUUUGUAAUGUUUUAUAUAAAAGUAAUGCAAAAGCUUGCUUUGCUAAAUCUUGACCUGUUGUGUAUCUUUAUGAAAAUAAAUGAACUACCCUGCAUUAUUGACUUAGUUGGGAUAGUUUCUUUU